UCUUAGACAGAAGACAGGAAAAGACUGAAGCAGGAUGUAAGGGAGAAUAUUUUGACAGAAUAAAGGAUUUUUUUAGAUUACAGAUUACUUCCUUUUUCUAACAAGGAAUAGUUGUAUUUUAAUUUAUCUAUAUUUUCAGACUUCAUUUUGAGAUCAUCUUUUUUGUACCGGUCACUUCAGUAACCCAAGGCUUCUUCAACUACUUUUCGUUUCUGUUCCUGGACAUGGAUGAGUUUGUUUGUAAUAAAUUAACAGAAUGGGGUCUCAGCAUGUUGAUAGAGAGAUUUGAAGAUGAAGGCAUUGACACAGAAAGUCUUUACUGUCUCGGUGAUCAGGAAAUUGAUGCCUUGAUCACAAAACUGGGACCAAGAGCAAAAUUCAAGAAGAGACUCAAGUUGUUAAAGGCAGAACAAAACCCAACACAUCAGGAAACAGCUGAUUCUUCUGCUCAUGAGCAUGAAGAAGCAGCUGAUUCUGCUCAGGUCUGCCAGUCCACCAGUGACAGAAGGGAUAAAGGAAAGAGAAAGUUGGAUCAGGGUGAGUCCACCAAAUUUCAGUCACCAGCCAUUAAACGACGAUGUGACAACAAACUGGGAUCAUACUCAGAAGAGAUCAUACUCUCUGAUGUGAAAAACACAAUGAACUAUGUUCAUAUGAGACUACAAAACGAAGACAACACAAGGUUCAAUGCUUUCCUUAAGAAUAAAAUCUGUGACUUGGAAACAGACAAAAGGGAGCUGGUCGGUGUGUUUGGUAAAACCGGAGCUGGAAAGAGCUCUCUGAUAAAUGCUGUCAUUGGAGUGAAGAAUCUUUUGCCCUCUGGAAGUGUCAGUGCAUGUACCUCAGUCAUGAUUAAAGUGGAGGCUAACAAGAACAACUCAAAGUACGAAGCAGACAUUGAGUUCAUAACAAGAGAGGAGUGGAAAGAUGAAUUGUGGUCUGUGUAUCAUGUUCUUCGGGAUGCAGAUCAGGAAAAGGAAGAUGAUGAUGAUUAUCGUGACACUGUUGAAAAGCUAUCAGCACUGUAUGGAGAAGAAUGGGAAAACAUACCACCUGAAAACCUCAUGGACAGCAAAUAUUUCAGAGAAAUUCCUGAAUUUCUCUUCUCCAAGAGGAAGAUUUUGACAUGUGAAUCAGCUGAAGAGUUGUCUGCAAAAUUUGUGAAAUACACGAGAAGUGACUCAAAAGUGGGACAGAGUGGGAAGAGGUGGUACUGGCCACUAGUGAAGUGUGUGACUGUCAGGGUGCCUAAUAAUGAUCUUCUCCAGCAUGUCACACUUGUGGAUCUUCCUGGAAAUGGGGACCGUAACAAGAGCAGAGAUAAAAUGUGGAAAGAGAUUGUUGGAAGUUGUUCUACUGUGUGGAUUGUCACUGACAUUAAUCGAGCAGCAUCAGAGAAUGAACCCUGGGAGAUCCUGCAGGAUGCCAGUAGACUCAUGGGAAAUGGUGGCGAGUGUCAGCAAAUUCACUUUAUCUGCACCAAGUCUGAUCUUAUUGAAGAUUCAGAUGAUCAUUCAGCAGCUGGUGAUUAUGCUCUCAUUCUGAAAAGAAACAUGGAAGCCAAGGAAACAGUGAUGACAGAAUUCAGAAAACAAACCAAGAUUAAGAAACACUUCAGUGAUGAGUAUUGUGUAAGUGUUCACAGUGAGCUCCAAAGAGUUUCUGAAAAACAAACGUCUAAGACAAGAUGACACUGAAAUACCUAAACUGCAGGAAUUUCUGCAAGAGCUCAAUGACUGUCACUCAGUGACAUUAAACUAUGUGUCUGGAGCUUAUGGGAUUCUCUCUCUGAUUCAAGGAGCGAGAUGCAGGGAAGUGGCUGGAAAAAAGAAAGAGGUGUGCACAGAACUUGAAGAAAACAUGAGGCAGGAACUUGAAAAAGUCAGAAAACCCGUGGAAGAGGCUUCUGAGGCUUUUGAAAAAUGCCUUACUGAGGGGGUUGAAGAUUCAAAACGUUUAUGUGAAGCAAAGUUGAAAUCCAUUUUA